GCACGCUGGGUUCCCCACCUGGCUGGUGGCAUGGCUGAGCCGGCUGGUGGUUUCGUGACUCCCGCGGGGUGGUUUUCAGCCCCCGAGCGGAUCCCCACGUUGGGGCCUCUGAGCGACACGGCUCCUCUGCCGCCCAAAUGGAUGCUCUGGGCAAUGCUGCCGCCGCCGCCGCCACCUUCGUCGUCGCCGUCCGCAGCGGGGUCAGAGCGGUCCUCCGAGGCGCUGCCCUCGAUGGAGACCCAGGGGCUCCCCAAGGCGCCUCCGCGCUUCGAUGCCCAGGUUCUUCCCGGGGCCCAGACCCUCUUCGACACCCAGUCCCGCCUUGAUUCUCAGCCUCAGAUCAACGGCCAGCCUUCCUGGAGUUUCCAGGCUUCGACAUCAUGGCACUGGGGACAGUCUCCUGGCAGUUUCCCUCAGCAUCAGCAACCCCACAACACUCCGGUUAAUCAUUCUUAUUUUCCACAAAAAUAUGAUGCAAAGUUUACUGACUUCAACUUCCCUCCCAGUAGAAAACAUAAAAAAAAGAAAAGAAAAGAACCAGUUUUUCACUAUUUUUGUGAUACCUGUGAUCGUGGUUUUAAAAAUCAAGAAAAGUAUGAUAAGCACAUGUCUGAGCAUACAAAGUGUCCGGAAACAGAUUGCUCUUUUAGCGCACAUGAGAAGAUCGUCCAGUUCCAUUGGAGAAAUAUGCAUGCUCCUGGCAUGAAGAAGAUCAAGUUAGAUACUCCAGAGGAGAUUGCAAGAUGGAGAGAAGAAAGAAGAAAAAACUAUCCAACUCUGGCCAAUAUUGAAAGGAAGAAGAAGUUAAAACUUGAAAAGGAAAAGAGAGGGGCAGUAUUGACAACGACACAGUAUGGUAAGAUGAAGGGAAUGUCCAGACAUUCACAGAUGGCAAAGAUCAGAAGUCCUGGCAGACAUCACAAAUGGAAAAAUGACCGUGCUGGACAGAGAGCAGCCAUUGGAUUAGGCAAUGGCUUGUGUGAUUCGAAGCCCGAAGGUCCACCCGAGGCAAAUGCAGACCCUCUGAGUGUUUUGGUAAAUACUGAUUCUGAGUCUGAUAAAGAGGAGAAACCACAAAGUACUGUCAUACCCAAGGAAGUAACACCAGCCCUGUGCUCACUGAUGAACAGCUAUGGUAGUCUCUCCGGGUCAGAUAGUGAGCCAGAAGAAACUCCCAUUAAGACUGAAGCAGACUUUCUGGCGGAAGACCAGGUUCUUCAUAGUGAUACUCCUAAGAGACCAAGUCAAGAUGUUAAAGCGACUGUUAGAAAUUUCUCAGAAGCCAAGGAUAAGAACCAAAAGAAAAGUUUCAAAAAGACAAACCCUAAGAGGAAAAAAGAUUAUCACAACUAUCAUUCAUUAUUUGAACCAAGAACACAUCAUCCAUAUCUCCUGGAAAUGCUUUUAGCUCCAGACAUUCGACAUGAAAGAAAUGUGAUUUUGCAGUGUGUUCGGUACAUCAUCAAAAAAGACUUUUUUGGACUUAAUAGUAAUUCUACAAAAACUGAAGAUGCGUAGUUGUCUGAUGUUCCAGCACUAAUAACCGAAGCAUUUGAAAUAGUGCCAUGUUCAAGUUAGUGGAGGAAAACUUAUUUUUAAACUGGAUUAGUAAUUAAAUUGUGGGCUUCAUAUGAUACUACGUUGGAUUUUCAAAUCUUUCCUUUGAAUCUAUGCAAAUAAAUGCUCACUGAUUUUUAAUACUUUGUCUGUAUUGUUAUUGAACAUAAUAUUUGCUGGCUGAAUUCUUUUUAUUUGUAUAUAUUGUAUUGCUGCCCUGUAAGGAUGUCUGCUCUUGGGCCAGUUAAGAAUUCAAGAUACUGGUUUAGUAGUAAAGAAUAAAGCUUUAAAAUGUUUAAUUCAGCUGAGCAAAGCUGUAGGUUAGAGAGAAAAAUAGUUAUUUUGUUCUUAUUGCAGGAGAGGAAGCAUCAUUCUUUAACUGUAGGAGGAGGAAAUAGCUUAAAAAUCAGGUUAAAUUAAUAUAAUUAGAAGGUCCUGAGAUUUAAAUUUUCUGUUUAUUUCAAAGAACAUUUUGAAAUUCACCUAUGGCUACUACUUAAGUAGCUUAAUUAUUGAAUGUUUGAAAUAUUAAUAUUGAUACAGCCUCUGUGUAUGUUUAGAUUCAAUUAAAAGUGCUUGUUUUUGGUGUGGUUCAGAAUUAGACCUUUUGUAGUUUCCUCAUGAUAAAGUAUGUAAAGUAUAGUACUUGAUGAGGUUCAACUAAUUUCUUAUAGCAGAAACAGUCUGUGAGUUACCUCAGUUUUAGGUUUAGUUAAAAUUCCUCCUAUGAAGAUAGUAAUUGAAUCCUUUUUAAAUGUUUUAAAUAAAUAAAAGCUACUUUACCCCAUGGUUUUUUAACUAAAGAAUUGUAUCAUUCUUGGAUUAAGGGCAGUUUUGGAAAUCAUUUCUUUAUUUUCCUUCUGUUCUAUCUGCUUUGUUUUUCUGGAACUCUUAUUAAGUGAAUAUGGGACCUCCUGCCUUGAUCAUCUGUCAGUUCACCUUUAUUUUCUGUCUUGGUCCGUAUCCUCUGCUCCAAAAGAUUUCUUCAAAUAUUAUCUUCCAGAUCACUAAUCCUUCUCAGAUGUGUCCAUUACAUCAUUAUUUAGCUUUUCUAUUUAGUUUUUAAGUUCAGUGAUUUGUUUUUAAAUAUUCAAGAUUGCUUUCUUCUUCUAAUUACUUUGUUCCAUAGAUGCACCCUAACAUUUCUGAGGAUACCAAUUAGGAUUUUCACAUUCUUUUCUGUCUCUUGAAUUAUUAGUUGUUUUUCCCCCCCGUUGGUUGUCAAUCUUUUGUUUGUUCACUUUACUAAUUAUCUGUAUCACUAUUUGUUGUUCUUAAAGGAUCAUUCUUACAUGUGAGAGAUUCACUUGAUUAAUGUAUUGGUAGUUGGUGUGGACUUUUCCCACAUUUGUAUAAGCCUUCCUUUCUCCAAAAGACGUUUACUGUGAGAAAAGGGGCCUUGUUCACACGGGCCUUUUAGGAUACACAGAUGGGGAGUGGGCAGAAGAGCUAGGCUCUUGUCCCAUCCUCACUCCCAUCUCUUUGCCAAAACACUAAGCACUUUAUUCAGAGGAUGCAGAUCUUCUUCCCUGGACAGAACUAUCUAUCUCCCACUCCCACCAACCACUUGGGUUAAGAGGUGGGCAAGGUUAGGACUUGACUAUUGCAGCGGCAGGCCGCGAGCUAUCCACCAUGUGUUGACCCUGAGCUUAGAGUAUCCUUGUCAUUGCUUUUCCUUUCUGAUUGUUGUCUCUGGGGCUGGUUUGGGCUAAGGCUUUCCUCUCUUGUUUCUUGUCCGUCUCAUCAGCUUUACAGUGGUCCUGAGACUUCAUUGUGCAUUAGAAUCACAUGGAGGGCUUGUUACCACCUAGAUUGCAUGACCUUAUCCCAGAGGAGGUUGGGAUGUGGCUUGAGAAUUUGCAUUUCUAACAGGUUUCCAGGUGAUGUUCAUGAUGUUUAUCUGAGGGACCACUUUCAGAGAAUCACUUUGAGGAACUUAAGAGGAGUCUGUGAAAAUCACUGGUAUCCUAACAUCACCUUUAAUCUUGUAUUCCUUCACCGUUGUAAUUCUUCAGUUCUUGUAAAAUAUAUCAUUUCAAGGAAUUUGGAGCAAAGGAGAGAGGUAAUAUACUGUUUUAAUCUGGACUCAUAACAGUCUCUUCACUCAUUAUAUUCCUUAGUUUUUUAAGUAAGCAUCUUUAAAUUUUUUGCUCCUUUUUGUGACUUUUUAAAUAAGAACUUUAUUUUGGAAAAUUUCAAACAUAUGCAGAAAUAUAGAGAGUAAUGUAAUAACACUCCCUUCCCAACCAUCAUGCAGCUUCAAUACUUCAUCCAUCUGUGGCCGUUCUUGUCUUCAUGUAUGACUCACCCAUUCCUCCUAACCCUACCCCACCCACCUGAGAUUAUUUUGAAGCAAAUACCCAGUCAUCGCUUUAGCCCUAUAUAGUUCAGUACAUAUCUCUAGAAGAUAAGGACUUUGUGAGAAAAUACCAUAUCUUUAAAAAUUAAUUCCCUUAAGGCCAUCAAUGAUCCAAUCAGACAAAUUAAGUUUCUGUAACUUUUUAAGAUAACAUAGUUAAUAAGAUCAUUCUGUAUAUUCCAUUUGUGCCUUGUUUUGUAUAUCAAAAGUGUCUUACUGGAAAAUUGUAUUUUGGACAUAAAUAAAAGCUCAACCCAUUUAUUAUA